UCAGUCGGCAUGUCAAACGUCAAACCAAGCGUUGAAGACGGAGGAGGUGAAGUUGAACUUGAACUCAGGCUUGCGCUUACUGAGUGGGGAUUUCCUGAUUUGAUUCCGCAUUUCACAAGACAUGAGAUCAAAUAUGAUGCCUUUCUGACAUUGUCUGCGGAGGAUUUGCGGUACAUACUGCCGUAUGGGAAGGUUUUAAAGUUCUCUUUCGUUUACGAACGGGAGAUAGUAGCACUUCGUCAGCCCAAGCCAAGUUCUUCAGAUACUCAAAAGCCAGAUGUGGAUCCAUCCACCUCAAAAGACAGCUCUGUAGAACUCGAAUCAACUGUUUUCAAUUCAGAUGAGGAGGAAGAAAAUUCCGAGGAGCUAGUUACGGAGGUUAAGAAAGUUCUCAGCUUGACAUUCCAGGGUCAGGUCCUGCUUGCUACCAAGAGCGAUGACUUAAAGAAUGAAGAUAGGGACCGCAUUGCGGAAUUAGUAAUUUGUGAAGAGUUGCGGAAAUCUGAAUCAAAAUUAAUUGAUUCAAAACGGCUUCUUUCUCUUGCCAAAGGAGUGGCUGGGGCUAUUGAUGGUGAAUCUUAUAUAACUUACUACACCCCGCACAAACGAAUAGAUGGGCAGGUUUUCCAAGCUAGGGGUAAAUUUUGUACGCAGGUGCAAAGUUGGAGGAAGAGGGGCAUGGAAGUUGGCCUAGUCAGUAAAAUCCAUAGCUACAAGAAACCAAGGACGAGCUCUCCGGACUGUGUUGUUCCUCAAGAUGCUGUUGUGGCAGUUGAUUGGCUCAAAGUCAAUCUUGGUCCUUUUAGCACAGCAGCUUUACAUUGGAAAUCUAGCUAUGAGUACAGAGUCCAACUAUUUGAAUCUUUUGAUGAAGAUUGUAUUGAAAGGUACUUGAAUACAUUCCCUAUCCUCAGACAGCCAACAGGAUUAGAACUGGUGAGUCGCUUUACAUUUUUGGGACAUACCAACUAAAGUUUUCAUGGCUCAAAAUAGUUAAGUGUAUUAACUAUUUUGUUUACAAGACUAAAUAAAUUUAACAUUAUUUU